GAGAUACUUGAGGACACGGCACAAAACGGAGCAAUACAAGUUCUUCAGACUCCCCCACCGUUCCCAACUGUAAAUGUACAAUUGGACGAGGCGCCGCCUUCGGACGAGAAGGAAACAGAUCUAGCAAGAGUUAUUCGAGACGAUAAUGCUGCACAGAGAAGAAUGAGGGACGCCUUUGUUGCAAGGAGACGGGCAUUCCAGGCGCUGAUGAGCGACCAGCAGGAAUCAGUCCAGUUUUUGCGAGACCUAGGAGAGGCAUCGAAGAAUUUGGUCUGA